GACGACUAGUGUUAACAUUAUAUUAGUGUUAAUAUUAAUAAAACUAAAACAAUCAUUGAAUGGGAAAAACAUGUUUGCAUUGAUUGGUUGAUUGAAAUAUCAUAUCAUUUACUUUAUCUAUAGUUUUUGAAUCUGUUUUUUUAACCAUCACUUCAACUGAUCCAACAUUUGGUUGUUAUUUUCAACAGAGGUUUGGGUCACAAGUUUUUAGUGAAGAACAUUGGAAGAAGUAAUUUAGCGAAGAUGUGUCAAUAUGUAGAGUCAGUCCGCAAACAUUUGUCGGCCAAUAACCGCGUCCGCGAUUUGUCGGCCCACUCGUCAAAAGUACAUUCAGUUGACUGGAAUUGUGACGGACGACGACUGGCUUCGGGAAGUUUUGACAAAACGGUGUCAUUGUUUGCAUUACAGACACAAAACAGCGACAAACUAACAAAAGAACACACAUUUAAAGGCCAUUCAGAUAGUGUGGAUCAGCUGUGUUGGCACCCGAACAAUGGCGACCAAUUGGCGACCGCUUCGCUCGACCGAACUGUGCGUUUAUGGGACGCCCGAAGUACCAAAUGUAUUACGACUGUACAGACAAAAGGCGAAAAUAUUAAUAUCUGUUGGUCACCGGAUGGCCAUACGAUUGCCGUCGGCAACAAAGAGGAUUGGGUGACAUUCAUCGACACGCGAACACAUAAGACAGUAAAGGAACAACAGUUCAAAUUUGAAGUAAAUGAAAUCAGUUGGAACAACGACAACGACUUGUUUUUCUUGACCUCAGGUCAGGGACACGUCCACGUGCUGUCGUAUCCCGCAUUACAGCCGCAAAUGGUACUGAACGCACAUCCGGCCACUUGUAUUUGUAUUGAAUUUGAUUCGUUUGGCAAAUAUUUUGCUGUCGGUUCGGCCGACGCUAUGGUCAGCAUUUGGGACGCAAAUCAUUUAGUAUGUUUGCGAACGAUGUCCCGACUUGAAUGGCCCGCACGUACCAUAAGUUUUAGUUACGACGGACAACUGUUAGCUUCGGCUUCAGAGGAUCUUAUUAUUGAUAUUUGUUACGUCGAGACCGGAGAACGGGUUACCGAAAUACAGACCGAAGCGCCAACUUUUACGGUGGCUUUUCAUCCGAAACGCUAUUUGUUAGCCUUUGCUUGCGAUGACAAAGACUCGUAUCAAAGAGACACCGGAACUGUCAAAGUGUUUGGAUUUCCUAAUAAUAGUUAAAUUAAUUUAGUUUUUUUUUGUUUUAUUUUUAUUCACAU